AUGGCAGUUUCUGCAAUUGGUUUUGAAGGUUUCGAAAAGAGGUUGGAAAUAUCCUUUUCUGCUCCAGGACUUUUCUCCGACCCUCAAGGAAGGGGAUUAAGAUCUCUCACAAAAUCCCAAUUGGACAAGAUUCUUGCACCAGCUGAGUGCACCAUUGUUUCUUCCCUUGCAAAUGAGGAUGUUGAUUCCUAUGUUCUAUCUGAGUCCAGCCUUUUUGUUUAUGCCUACAAAUUCAACCUCAAAACCUGCAGUGCACACGACCACUUGACUAAAUCCUGCCAGCAAAAUCAUUGUAAUGUCCAAACCUGCAUCAACAUGAACAGAAGCAGAUCAAAUGUGCUAACAACAAUGGACAUCACAAGUAAUCACAAGCAUUAUGUUAAGCAGAAUUUGGGAUUUGACAAGCCAUCAAUCUAA